UUUGCAACACUUGCACAGCAAGCGUAAAAGAAAAAUUUCUUUGUGCAAUUUACAAACAUUUCGUGAUCCCCGUGAAGCAAGCAAAAGCCGCGAGUGAAAAAAGCAGCUAGAGCUGCAAAUAUCAAUUAACGCAUUGCAAACUCUUAACACCCACAACACACAAUAGCACACCCCGCAACGGCACCGAAAUCGACGCAAUGCCAGUGUGCAAAUUGCUCGUUGUAGCAUCGCCAAUGGGUAGCAGAACUGAAAAUGUACAUUUUACAUAAACUGUGAUUAUGAGUUCCACAAAAUCUCAAGUAGCCCUUGCUACAAAUAUUCCAACCAACUUAGCCUCCGCCUCAGCCACCUCCACUGCGGCCGCCGCCGUUGUUGUUGUCGCCGCCGUUGCCUCAAAUAACAGUUCGACGUCACCAGCAACAGGAGCAGCAGUAGCAGCAACAGCAACAGCAGCAACAACUACAACUGCAACAGCAUCAUCAGUGACGUCAUCAACAGCCACAACGGCAACAACAGUGACAACAAUAACAACACAAACAGCAGCCAGCAGCAACAACAAUAACAAUAACAACAACAACAACAACAACAACAACAUUAACAUCAGCAACGAGGACACGUCUUCCGCUUCCAAUUUGGGGCGACAGAACAGUUUUGGCAAUAGACGCGGCAACAUGAAGGGCAAACAUCUUACACGCAGUCAUGCCAUGCGCGAGUCAACAUCGCCUCCACACACGCCAACGCCUCGAGUCGCCUCCGAGCAGCAGCAACAGCAGCAGCAGCAGCAACACCCCAGCGAUGCCCAUGAGCACAACAAUAAUACUAACAAUAACAACAACAGCAAUGCCAUACUAAAUAAUAAUAAUAGCAAUACAAAUACCAAUAGCAAAGCACAAUCAACUGGACGCGGCAAUUCGCCGCUCAUGGAGACUCCUGCUGUGAUUGUUACUAGUCAGCAACAGCAACACCACCAGCAACAGCAACAGCAGCAGCAACAAUCACCACUGAAUGUGCCACUGCGAGACGAGGCAGAGUUUCCCAAGUUGUCGCCUCCCAAGAAAUCUGGAGCUGGUCAACAUAAUCGCACCAACAGCAGCGGCAGCUCUGGCAUUGAAUACAACAACAACAGCAGCAGCAGCAACAAUAACAAUAACAACAACAAUGGCAAAAAGUAUGUGGUGGAUUUAAAAGCUAACGGACUGGACAAGCAUCACAACAACAACUCGAACCCCAAUAAUAACAACAACAACUCUGGUGCUCUGCUCUACAACUCGGGCAUGAAUUAUAAGGCAGCGGAGCGUCAUGAUCGUCACGAGCGCCAUGAAAUGUCCAGCCAGAAUAGCAAUCUCAGCAACAGCAACCACGAGGAGGAGCAGUAUCAUUAUGAGCGUGGAGCUGGUGGUGUCGGAGGCGGUGGCGGUGGCAAGAAGCAUCGUGCCAAUACCAAUUCAAAGGGUUCCAAGCCACGUUUGAAGAACCUAACUGGCAGCUCAUCGGGCAGCAUUGAUGGUGGUGCUGGCAAUAAUGGCGGCAAUGGCGGCAAUGGUGGUGGUGGUGGUGCCGCUAGUGUUAGUCACUGUGGCAACAAUUCUCAAACAUUGGGCAACUCGAACAAUUCAAGCAACAACACAUCGGGCUUCAUAUCGCGCGUCUUUCGUCAAUCAGAGAACUCAAGCGAACAGUACACGGACUUUGGUGGCACAGAUCUGUUAACCUUCUUUCGCGAUACGCUUAACAAGAAUCCCAAGGAUCGUAAUAUAUUGUUAAAAAUCGAAAAGGAUUUGAUGGAAUUCGUACAGGAUAAGAGUCGUGGCUGUGAGUAUCGAUUUCCGCCAGCUUCCUCGUACAAUCGCAUGCUCAUACAUCGCACGGCUGCGUUCUUUGGUAUGGAUCACAAUGUGGACUCGGAGACGCAGCAAUGCGUCAUUGUUGCUGUUACCAAGGGCACUCGCAUACCAGAGAUUCGCUUCAAGUCUCUGGUACGUGGCGACCAUCGUGACGAUGCACGCAAGUCAAUUCUGAAGCGGGAUACGCACAGCUUCGAUGAGGUGCGUCAGUCGCCAUAUCUUUGCCCAGAGCGUGUUAUGCUCGACCGUAAGGCCAAGAGCUUUGAGGAGCGUGAAGAGGAUUAUGAUCGAGCGCGCAGUCGCAUCUUCAAUCGCACAUCGCAACAGGAUGGCUACGGUGGAGAGAUGACCAAUGAUGAGUGCUAUGGUGGCGGUGGGGGUAAUGGAGGUUGGCACAAUGCUGUCGAACAGCAGCAGCAGCAGCAGCAGCAACAACAACAACAGCUGCCAAGACCCAAACGACCCAAUGGCAAAAUGCUGCAGAUGCAGAAUUCCACGGAGUCACGCGAUGGUGGUGGCAUGCGCUCUGGCGGUGCGGUGCCAAAAUCCCACAACUUUGGCAACUAUGGUGGACCGCCGAGUGCUGGAGGACCUGGUGGUUCUUCGUUGCCGCGCGGUGAUUCAACCAAUUCGAGCAAGAGCGGACGCGGUGGCUUUGCCAAACAGGAUUCGACUGGCAGCACCAGCACUCCCUGGCGCCUGUCGCCCUCGAGCAGCGGCUACAAGACACGCACACAAUCCGUGCGCUCCGAUUCCGUUACGCCAUCGCCUACGGGUUACGGCAGCGACAGGCAGACGCCGGAGUUCAGCCAGCCGCCGGUGCAGGUCCAGUCUUCUAGUUCCAACCGGGGAAUGGCCUCCUAUCUGCAGCAGUCAGCUACACCAUUAACAACAACAACUACGUCCAACAACGCGUCAGAGUCGGCAUCAGCUUCGGGACUCGUUUGGGCCGUCACAGACAUUUCGAGUGUGCCAAUUGGCAGCGUCCUCAUUGAUCCGCAAACCCUCCAACCAAUUCUCAAUCCAGACGGCUCCAUUUACCACUACGACCCGUCCAACUUGCCGCCCAAUCAGGCGCUGCAACAUCAAGCGGGCAACAAUGGAGGCGGUGCAGGUGGAGGUGGUGGCAACUAUCAAUCGAGCGGCACCUAUGCAUCCUAUCGCAAAUCGUCGCCACAUCAGCCACAACAGCAGCAACAGGUGGUGCAGCAACAACAGCAGCAACAACAGCAACAACAUCAUCAGCAACCACCUCAGCAGAUUUACAGCAAUGAAUUGUCCUGCAGCUCAACGGAGAGCUAUGCCGAGGAGGUACAAUCACCGGGCAUGGAGUGCUCCGAUGGCUAUGACAACUACACAGUUGACACUCAGCAACAGCAGCAGCAACAACAACAGCAGCAGCAGCCUUCACUCGACGGCAAGGGAAAUGAAUGUGAUAGCUUGUCCAGUGCCACGGGCUGUCUGAGCAUUACAACUUCGACCUCAACCAAGAACUAUGAUCGCAUUGAGGUGCAAAAGUAUAAGAAUCAGGCAACCAGUCCCAACAUACCUGCCUGUUGUGCCGGCGACAAAGAGAUGGAAGCAGUUGCCCAGCAACAACAACAACAGCAGCAACAACAGCAAUUGCAGCAGGAACCGGAACAGGAAGUUGUCGUUGUUGCAGCCAGCAGCAGCAGCAGCAGCACUGUAGCUUCUGCUGAAAUGCCCACAAGUCAAACGCCGCUGCCAGUGGCGUCGGCUCCCUUGAAUUGUGAUGCACAGUCGCUGUCACCGAGCACCACGCCAUACAGUCAGUGCGAUGUGAAGCCCGCCAGUCAGAGCCAAGCUCAGGUAGCUGUCGAGGAGCCGAAGACAACCACCUGGACUUAUACGCAAAGCUAUCAGGCACCCGAUGGUUCCACCGUGUUCCAUACCACAGCCACGCCCAACAGCGCUACGCCAUACUGCACUACCACAUAUCAGCAAGGACCCGAUGGCAGCAUCUAUGCUGUGCCCCAGGGCAUGGUAUAUGCGGCGUAUCCACAGCCCACGGUUAGCAGCGCCGCAUCGCAGCCAAUCUUCCAGCUGACGAGCAGCAGUCAACCGACGCAAACAUUGUUUGCCUCACAGGAUGGUGGCGAGCUGCCUGGCACCUACAUGAUACCUGUCUUCGAUCCGGCCCAGCAGCAGCGUGAGGGCCUUAUACCCGCCCAGGCUAUAUACCAGACGCCGGCUGGUCCAGCCACCGCUGUGAUGCCCAUGGCGACCGCCACCUAUCCGGCGGCACAAUUUGCUGCCGCAGCGCCCAACGGUGCGCCCAUCUAUCAGACGCCACUGAUUUACUCCAGUGAGCCAGCUGGUGCCCAGUUGCAACAACUGCCGAUGGCCACGUAUCCGAUCAGUUAUCCGUAUCAUUAUUAUCCCAUACCCUACUAUGUACCGCAACAGGCGGUCGCUACGGCGCCCAUGGUGGCCACAGCAGCGUCUGCCCAGCCACCCAAUGGUCCAGCUUCAUCGCAGGCACAGGCCCAGGCUCAGGCUCAGGCACAGGCUGCAGCCCAGCUGAAUCUCGCAACUGCCUCAGCGGCUGGACCGCCAACGGUAGCUGGCGGCCAGCAGACAAGCAAUGGACACAUUGUCAGCAGCAGCUCCAGCGGUGGCUAUUUGGGUGGUGCACGCGUGAAGCGCACACCUGGCGGUGGCUCAAUCCAUUACAAUCCCAGCUAUCAGGCAACGGCGACUGGACACGCCGCAGCGGCACAUCAUCCGGGUGCUGGAUCGGCGCAGAUCAUAACCACGCCCGGUGCCAGCACAACGACAUAUCAUGCGCUGCCCACGCUGACACUGGCACAUGGCGGUGCGGGGGCAAACUCUGAUCUCAAUGCCGCUGCCGCUGCUGCGGCAGCUGCUGCAGGUGCUCAUGUCUAUGCGCUGCCCGCCCAGCAUACCACAGCGUUGAUUCCGACCAACAUCUUUCCGUAUGCGGCGGGACAGGCGGGUGGCCAACAGGCGGGACCGCAUAAUGCGGUGUUGCAGCAACAGCACCAGCAGCCACCGCCGGCACCGCAUUCGGCACCACAUCAUGCAUUGAUUACAGCCACUCCCUUCUAUUCGGCUGGCAGCGGUUCAAUGGAUGCAUCUGCCUCACAGUCAGCGCCAAGUACGCCAGCGGCACCGGGACGCCAGGCACCGUUGUUUAGCACACCACCGGCGCCCAAUGGCGGCAGCGGCAACAGCAGCGGCGGCAUCGCAACGGGAGCUGGUGGUGGUGGUUAUCACAGCAACAGCUCCACACCGCACUACUAUCACAGCCAGAGCAGCAACGAGGGCGGCUAUGCCACGCCCUAUGAGAAGCGCAAUAAUGUCAGCGGUGGUGGUGGCGGUGGUAUGGGUGCACCUGCUCCAGGUCGCAAGCCAUACCAUCCCGGGGGCUACAAUCCACGGCACUCGGUGCCAAUGGGAGGAAUGCCCACAGGAGCCAAGACGCCACUACUCAAUUCCAACAAUGAGCCAACGCCGCGCGCCUCGCCCAGCAGCAUCAGUCUGGGCGGACCUGGUGGACACUCGACGUCCUCAAGCUAUCAUCAUGCUGGUCAUCGCGGGCCGCCGCCAGGCACGCUGGGCAAGCGUGACAUGAAGCCCGCACAGAUGCCGCUGAUAAGUGGACCGCCGCCGAGCUAUGCCACAUCGAGCAGUCCAGCUGCCACUGGCGGCUAUGAGGCAAAGCCUCCGGUGCGUCUGAAUGCCGGCGCCGCCAGUUUCCGUAGCCAGAAGUCCAUCAAUGCGGACUUUCGACGCAGCGUCUCGCAGCGCAACUCGCCGAGCGCCAAUGGAUCUGGCAAUGGCAACGGCAACGGUGGCAACAGCAGCCACGAGAGCAGCAACAACUCACCCAACAGUAUUGCAGGUGGCGGUGGCAGCAGCAACAACAACAGUGCCGCCAAUACGCCAAAUGCCACUGCGCAUGCAACUGGCAUGGGCACACAGUACAUUGUGGUGGAUCAUUCAACGGGAGCCGCUGUGAACACAUCGCCACCAUCGCUCUAUCUAAGCGGUGGCAGCAAUGCUGGCGGCGGCGGCGGCGGCAACGGUGCCGGACCGCGCGCCUCGCACAUUCCAGCCCAGCUGCAUCACAAUGCCGGGGCAGCGGCAGCGGCGGCGGCAGCAGCAGCAGCCGGAGCUGGCGGCCAACAGGCUGCAGCGAUGCUCAGUGGCGUCGCCGCCUUGGGUGGCUACAAUCCCAAUGGCGCUUCCGGUGUUUACAUCAAGUAUGGCCAAACAUACUUUGCGCAUCCCUUGCCCAACAGUCGACGUUCGCCCUCGAGUGAUAUUCGACCACAGAUGGCUCAGGUUACCGGCAUGUAUCCCGCCGCAAUGAUGAUACAAGCACCUCCACGUCAUCCAAGUCGUCAUCCAAAUCCGAACUACAAAGGAUCGCGUCCGCGGUAAAUUUACCGCACAGUGCUCAACGCAAGGACGCUUAUACAAAAGCAACAACAAAAACAAAAGAAAAUGAUAAAAAGAAAACUACAUAAACAUAACGACAUACCUAAGAUAAAUAUAAAUAGCAACCUAAUCUAGUGGAACAUAAUGUAGAUGACAAAAGAAAAACAUAAAAAAAAAGAAAGAGAAGUGAUGAAGUGAAGAAGUGAAGAAAGAACAGAAACGAGAACACAGAGCAUAGAAGGAGCAAAGGACCGAAGACAAUGAUAGAGAGAGAGUUGUUGGGCAGCAGCAGAGGAGACUGAAAGGGGAUAGCAGAGGGGGAAGUGUGAGAAUAUUGUUAUCUUCCGCAGAGAUAAAAAAAGGAGCGUACAGCAACUUAGCAUAUAGCCCUAGUUAAGAACUAUAAAGUGAAGCAACAACAACAGCAUCAGAAACAAGAACAACAACAACAGCAGCAGCGACAACAAAAAACAAAUCAGUAAAUAUUAACAAUGCUGUAUAUUUUGUGCCAUUAAAAAUAGUCUUUAAUAAAAGUAAUAAGAAAAAAGAGUACCGAAGAAGCAAUAAUUGAACACAACGACAGAGAACAAAGGACAAUGGACAAAUGACGAAUAACUCUAUAACUGGACUGUGACCCUCGUUAAACUAUUAGAAUAUUAUGUGAUGCGUUAAUUUUGGCAGAAUUCUUUUAGUCCGAUCGCUAAGGCAAGACAACAGCAGCAGAGAAUCUCCAGAUUUAUCGUAUCUCCCAUUCUUAUUAGAAAUCUUUUCAGUUCUUCUCUCAACAAUUGCGCUGCUAUCGCUGCUAUCUAAAACAAAAAUGAUAAAAUGUAUUAUAAUUAAUAACUAUGGUCUUGCUUUGGUGUGUUUAAUUGAAUGCGUUUUAAUUAUGUUAGAAAUCUCAACCAAAAAGCAAAUGUAACUCCAACUGAAAUGACCGAAAACGACCCGACACUGGCCAAGAAAGACUGCUGCCAAACAAAAACAUUAUUGUGGGCGUGGCUUGUACUAUAUUUAUACUUAUUUUGUAUUGCAAAAUUUGGAAUUUGUAAAGCUCUUCGAGUUGGUUGGCUCCACAAGAAUUCUCGAAACAUCAACAACAUCUGUUCGAAAUUAAACAAGUUUUGUUAUUAAGUCAAAUUAAAUAUUACACAUUAUUAUUAUUAGUUAUUAUUAUUAUUACGCUGAUCAUUUUGUGAAAUUUUUAUUUGAAUUUCCUUAUUAUGUUUAUGUUUUUUCUUUUGAAUUAGAAUUGAAUUCUUUAUGUUCUUUUUUAAUUUCUGUUCCUUACGGCAAAGAAGCUGCACUUUAUUUUCGUUAUGAUUAAUAAUAAGAAUGAGUAAUAAAAUGAAAUAUACAUAGUAAAGAGAUGGGAAGAGAAGCAAA